GCACACCGUUACCGUAUGCGUUACGCGAGUUUUUACGCUGUCCCCAUCUUCUCGACCCUACUAAAUCCAGCGAAGCCUCAGCGAAGAAAGCAGUGGGCCGGAAGAAAAGGAGGCGUAUGCGCUCCUCACAUGGGACAAGGAGAGGCAGGAGAGGCGCCUGACGCGCGGCUCCAGCUCCUGCCUCUCAUGCAGAGCAGGGGGCGGUGCCGCACGCGCUUGGAAGAGCCAGGGGGUGUGGCCUUCCUUAGCAGCCCCAGCUCGGAAGGAAGUAACCGCAGCGACGUCGAAGAGAUUUGGUGGCGCGCGCAACGGCGCGCGAAGAUACCAGCCAUACGCACGCGCCGACCGGCUCGUCCGCGCCUGGCGCAGGCGCAGGCACAGGGAACAUCUUUGGAGCGCACGCGCGGGGACUCAGGGGGGCUGCGGUCUCUGGCCGCCAUGGAGCGGAAAGUUCUAGCAUUGCAAGCCCGGAAGAAGCGGACUAAAGCCAAAAAGGAAAAGGCUCAGAGAAAGCCUGAAACUCAACAUCGAGGCCCUGCUGCCCAUUCAGAGAAUGAUCUCCCUGAACAAGAAGAGGAGAUUCUAGGAUCAGAUGAUGAUGAGCAGGAAGACCCCAAUGAUUAUUGCAAAGGGGGAUACCAUCUUGUUAAAAUAGGGGAUCUGUUCAAUGGACGGUACCAUGUGAUCCGGAAGCUGGGAUGGGGACACUUUUCUACAGUGUGGUUAUCUUGGGACAUCCAGGGAAAGAGAUUUGUGGCAAUGAAAGUUGUAAAGAGUGCCGAACACUACACAGAAACAGCAUUGGAUGAAAUCAAACUGCUGAAAUCUGUCCGCAACACUGACCCAGAUGACCCAAACAGAGAGAGGGUAGUUCAGCUAUUAGAUGACUUCAAAAUCUCAGGAGUGAAUGGUUCCCAUAUUUGUAUGGUAUUUGAAGUUUUGGGGCACCAUCUUCUGAAAUGGAUCAUCAAAUCAAACUACCAGGGUCUUCCAUUACUCUGUGUAAAAAGAAUCAUCCACCAGGUUUUGCAAGGACUGGAUUAUUUGCAUGCCAAGUGUCGAAUUAUCCACACUGAUAUAAAACCAGAAAACAUUCUGCUGUGUGUUAACGACCAGUACAUCCGCAGACUGGCUGCAGAAGCAACAGAGUGGCAGAGAUCUGGAGCCCCCCCUCCUUCUGGCUCUGCAGUGAGUACUGCACCACAGCCCAAACCAGCUGACAAAAUGUCCAAAAAUAAGAAAAAGAAAUUGAAAAAGAAACAGAAACGACAAGCAGAGCUGCUGGAGAAGCGAAUACAGGAAAUUGAGGAGAUGGAGAAGGAAGCAAGCCCUCUGCAAGAAGAGCAGCAGGAUGAGCAGCAAGCAGUUCCAAGACCACUUGAGCUGCUCUUAAAAGAGAGCCCCCCAGAUGAAGGGCUGCCAGGAAAGACAGAUGACAUUUCCCUUGUAUCAGAACAAGCUAUCUUAAUGGAGGGAGUUGAAAAAUGCAUAACGGAGAUCAAUUGUAAUGGAAUGGUGCAAAUGGCUGCCUUCUCAGAGUCCAUCGGCCAAGUGUCAGUGAGACUCCAGGAAGACCUUCAUAAUGCCAAUGAUUGCAGCGGGCCCUCUCAGGAGCAGGACGAGGAUAAGAUCUGUUCUUACAGUCAAAGUAAUGGUGGCUCAGAGACCAGUAUACGGGAAGACUCCUGUGCACCCUUAAUUUCAGAGGUGGUGGAUUCAAUGGUAUGCCAGGCAACUUCAAGUGAUGAACAGUAUUUUAGCGAACAACAGCUCAGCCACUUACAGGAGAGCAUUAGGGCAGAGAUACCUUCAGAGGAUGAAAACGAGAAUAAUGGGUCAUCUGAGAACAGCCAAGGAAAAUCGGCUGCUGGAAAUUUUCUCCUUAAUCCUCUUGAGCCUGGGAACGCAGACAAACUCAAAGUGAAGAUAGCUGAUCUAGGAAAUGCUUGCUGGGUGCAUAAGCACUUCACUGAGGACAUUCAGACAAGGCAGUACCGAUCUUUGGAAGUACUAAUUGGAGCAGGCUAUAGCACCCCAGCUGAUAUCUGGAGCACAGCCUGCAUGGCCUUUGAACUGGCUACAGGUGACUAUCUGUUUGAGCCUCAUUCUGGGGAAGACUACUCACGGGAUGAAGACCACAUAGCAUUAAUCAUAGAACUUUUGGGGAAAAUUCCUCGCAAGCUCAUUGUGGCUGGAAAAUACUCCAAGGAGUUCUUCACCAAAAAAGGUGAUCUGAAGCACAUCACCAAACUGAAGCCAUGGGGCCUUUUUGAAGUUUUGGUAGAGAAAUACGAGUGGUCCCAAGAUGAGGCAGUUGCAUUCACAGACUUCUUAUUACCUAUGUUGGAACUGAAUCCUGAGAAGAGAGCUACAGCAGCACAAUGUCUCAGGCACCCCUGGCUCAACUCCUAGAUGUUCUACCUGCGAUCCUGGUCCUAUAACUGGGUUUACAGCAUAAUAUAUACACACCUAGAUGUCCCAGCUGCCCCUCCUCCCCCUCCUCCCAGGUCAAUUUUUUCCUUGUUGAUUUUCAGAGUGAAGCAUCUCUCUGAGGGCUUUUGAGAUUUUAGAUAAAUCUAACCGUUCAUGUGAGUUUGUGUACUCGACUCAGUAGGGACUAUUGUCAGCCAGUGGGCGUCCAAUAUGUUUUGCUGUGAUUGGAGUUUGCCAAAGAGUUUUUACAGGAAUGUGAAAUGACCCCUGACUCUCUUCCUUACUCAAGUACCUUUCCCUGAAAGUGUGGAGAAAUCUCCACUGGAACACACUCCCUUAACUAUAUUGCCGUCAUCCCAAGGGGGAUGUGAAGAGCUGUGAAUCCCUCCUUAGCUCACUGACUCCGGGAGUCAUUUCUUAGUGCACAUCCAGUUGCUGACAGUAAGAGGAGAAAUGGCAGAUGGCACCAAGGUGGUAGCUCCAUGUGGAGCACUGAACUCGACUCAUUCCUUAGGUGUCUGCUCUGCUGCUUGGGUAACUUUUUUUUUCUUACUCUUUUCGGGCGUACUUUUCUCUAGUUUUAGCCAUUUAAUCUUUGAAACAACCUCUUUUGAACUAUAUAGAUAUAUAUAUAUUAGCUCCAUUUUUUUUUUGUCCCCUUCAUGCUCUGGUGAAUUUCUCCAGCAAAAUACAUUGCCUUCUGAAGCCGUAGCAUGUGAACUUCCAGUAAGUUUCACAUGGAAAAUAAAAACAACCGAAAUUGGUAAAAGUCACCACCUCAUUACAGUAUGGAUCUAUGCAUUUGUUGGCUGAAGAGGGGUAGCCAGAUUGCCCAUGUUCAGUGCCGCAUUUGCCCAACUGGAAGCCCCGGGCAAUAAUGGCUUGCCAACCAUGCAUUAUGACCUACUAGGUGCUUCAUGAUUACAUUGGUUUCUGCAACUGAAACUGGGCCACAGGAGCCAGGAGAUGAUCCAGCUUGUGGCAGACCACUUGUAAUAUAAAUCUGCCUUCUGUCAUCAGGGGCAUUAUGUUGGCCUUGUGUGAAAUUGUAUUUUUAGGAGAGAGCAGUUGGUUUUCUGUCUAGAAAAACAGGAUAUGUCCUUCCUCUUCAACAGUGUAGGAAAGAUGGCAUCGGUGGUAGUCUUUCCAGCCAUGCCCAGAGUUUCAGCCACCGUAUUUCCAAAGGUUAAUGUAAAGACAUAUAUAUAACUUCAUGCACACACACACAGUUAAUUUGUCCACGGUGCUGGACUCUCGAAUUCCCUUUUGAAUAGAAUUUCUCCCUAUGUGUUAAUAACAGGACAAAUAAUUUAGGUUUGAAUUUCUCCCACCCACCCCUAGAGAUGAAGUGUCAAAUUCUGUUUUCCAGAAUCAUUACAAACAUCAUUGCUCAGCAUAAGCUUUUAAACUCCUAGGAAAGGGGGUUAGUUGUGACUGACUCUUGUAGACUUUUUAUUUUAUUAGAAAGGUUUGUAACACUUACUAGUUUUACAGUGAGUAUCUCCUAGGCUUCCCCAGCUUAUUAAAAAAAUCCCCAGCAUCUUGCUCUAAUGUUAGGUUGGAGACAUUGGGCUUUCGAACAGCCCUUCCUUACCAUGGACCAAAUAGGCCUUUGAGAUUACAAAAUUCUCCAAGAAGGGAAACUGCUGGCGGACUCAGGCUUGCAGGCACUGUAAAGGAUAAUUCAAAGCAAAAGCUGCCAGCAAUGAGACGCUCUUCUCAUUUUUUCUCUUUGCUGAAAUCCCAGGUUAUAGUCAUCAUACACCCCAUUACCCUUUGCAAAAAAAAAUCUGGUGCAAUUUUAUUUUAUUUUAAAUGAAAGUUUAACCAUCAUAUCCCCUUCAGUUUCUAAUGUGGCUGUAUUGUCAUAUUAUACCUGACUGGGGCUUUAGCAAAAUCUGUGCUGCAUGUCCAUUUAGGAGAUCUUAAAUGAGGUUCUCUUUGUACAAUCUUAAGAUGAAAAGGAAAAGAUUCCAAAAGUUUUAAAUGAUAUUCUUGUUAACUGGAGUAUCUUCUUCACCUCCCAGAAGUAUUUGUGUGCCUGUCUGUAAGGAUUGGACUAGAAUGGAACAUACAUACUUCCUCUUUGAAUACUGUGAAGACUUGCUGGCAGGAAGAAUUGAAUUUCUGGUGUCAGCCAACCUAGUUUGCUUCAACAUCCUGUUUUGAAUGGAACAAAAGGCUCAUAGGUGUGGGGUCUGCAUCUCUUGGGUUCUAAUAGAGAUUCCUUUCCACAGAAGAAGGCCACUGCCACCUCUUUUGCACUAAAAGAGACGUUCUGGGGUUAUACAAGACGUAGCUUGUCAGGAUUGCCUAUGUAUUUUGUGGCUCACACCGGGUUCACUCAACUUCCAAAUUGCCAUAAAGUGCUCACUAACAGAUUUGUACUUGUUUUGUUGGCCUAAAACCUGAAGGAAAAAUACAUUUUUAUUCUUUCUCUUGGUGCAUUGUCUUUUUUCUUUGUAAAAGCAGCAGCACAAUAAACAGAUUAUUAAAUAA